ACGCGUGUUUUCCUGCAGGGUUUCUGUAGACACCCACAUGCUGAUUAAAGCUUUACGGGUUUUAAUGUUUCUAAAUCUGGACACUAUUUAAAAAGGAAAUGUGAUCCACCAUCACAGAAUCAAUACGCACGUAAUUAUCUAAAGCUUCUAGUUAUUUGAAAUCGGCUUUCUAUAACUACCCAGUUUGAUCAGUAGAGAUGAGCAGUCUGGCUGAGAAAUAUGACUAUCUGGAGAAGUUGACCCGUAAAGUGGCUCAUUCCCAAAAUCAGGAACCCAAGAAGAGAGCUUAUGUUCCAUUUCGAGGCAGCACCGAUGGCGACAGUAAUCCAGCCAAGAAGAAGAAAAAGAACAAACAGAAACAAACCAAGGGGGAUAAUCAAAACACAAGUGAGAAAAAGUCCACCACAAAAAUUGCUCAGAAACAGAACAGUGCAGCUGUACAGAACGGUGCUCAGGAUAAAGUUCAACUUGGAAACAAACAGAAGAUGACACAGAAGACUGAAGGUUCAAAGUCGGAGGAGUUUAUUGCAGUGGAUAUUUUGAGGCAAAGACUUCACCAGAAGAUUGAGGAGUCUCGGGGACCGGGCCCUCCAAAAGAUCCGACCUCUGAGGAAGUGCUCAAGAGGCGUGCGAAAAGAAAACAGGAGCGAGAGCGCAAGAAGAGGAAAAGAAAGGAAUUCCGCAUUAAAAAGUUGGCAGAAAGUGGUGCCAUCAAGAUAAAAGAAGAAACAGAGCAAGCUCCCGAACCUCAGGCCGAUACCACAGCCAGUAAAGCCGCCGGACAUAAAAAGGACACAAUCUCGAUCGUCUUUAAUAAGGUGGAGGUGGGUGAAGAGUAUAUGGACAAAGCCAGCAAAUUAAUGGAGAAGAAACGAAGGAUAAAAGGAGCCAUUACUCCCCUGACAGGCAGGAAUUUUAAGCAGCUCUUAUCACGAGUAGAGGCCAGGAAAGCUCGUCUGGAGGAGCUGAGAGAAAAAGACGAGAAGAAGGCGAAAAAAGAGGAGGAGAAGAUGAGGUGGACGAACGUAUUAUACAAGGCUGAGGGCAUGAAGAUCAAAGAUAAUGAAGAUCUACUGCGAGCUUCAUUAAAGAGGAAGGAGAAGAUGCAAGCACAAAGGAAGAAGAAGUGGGCUCAGCGGAGCCAGCAGGUGCUGGAGAAAAUGCAGCACAGACAGGACAAGAGACGCAAGAACAUUCAAAGAUCUAAGCAGGGUAAGACGGAGAAGAGGAAGCAGAAGGCCAGGAAGAAGGGCAGGGUGCUGCCUGAAGAUCUGAAGAAAGUGGCUCUAUAGAGAGAAAACAACUGAAAGAAAAUGGGUUGAAAUGUCCCGUCAUGAUUAAAUAAUCAUAACUGUUUGAUGCAAAUAAUUGUGAAUAAUUAAAAUGUUUUUCCUUUUGA